AUGGAUUUUGAGGAGAAUUAUGCUCUUGUAGCAAGAAUGGAAGCUAUCAGAAUGUAUUUGACUUUUGCAACACAGAAGGAUUUAAGAGCUUAUCAAAUGGAUGUGAAAACAAGCAGAAAGAUCAGGCGACUCGUUGAGAAGGUUGAAAAGCAUGUAGCCUCCACGCUUUUUGUUGCUUUUUUGCACCAACUGCAGCAGCAUGUGGCAAAUCAGCAAGUGCUUGAGCAGAUUAGAGAGAAGGUGGAUUGUCUUAAUCUGCGUACUUCAGCACUUGCCGGUGCAUCAGAAGAUCUCUUUCCAUCCCCUUCUUCAGCCUCUCCUAACAAGAAGUAUAUUGAGGAGGCACUUGUUGUUGGACAAGAUUCUGCAUUAAUAAGACGUGUGGAGCUGAUUCAUUCACAGCAGCACAAAAGUCUGUCUCGUUUCGGUCUAGUUGGGAAGGGCGGGGCCGGUAAGACUCUACUACUCAAACGAGUCUUCAACAGUGACCAGUUACAGAGUCUCUUUUGCAAUGACUUGAUGCUUUGGCUUACUGUUUCACAAACUCCAUCGUUUAGCGCUCUCAGAAAUCAUCUUGUGAAACAAAUAGCUUUUAAAGUAAGGGAAAGAUUGUACAGUAGAGAGGAAGAACAUUUCGAAACUUGGUUGAAUGAAUGUAUGAGGAAACACAAGUUUGCAUUGGUUGUAGAUGAUGUUUGGGAAACGAGUGCAACUUCGUUGUUAGAGGAGCCGUGUGUGCCUCACUUUCCACACAACAAUUCCAAUAUCAUCAUUGCCUCUUCCAGAACUAUUACUGUGCUCUCACAGUUGGGUGUUCCACCUUUAUCAGUCAUCCAAAUGCAAGACUUGAGUGAGGAUCACAGCUGGAGAUUAUUUUCGUCCCAUGCUUUCUUACACAGCGAGGGAGCUUUGCCUAUGAGCAUCGACCAAGAAAUAGCGAGGCGUGUAUGCAACGAGUGCGGGGGGGGGGUCCUCCAUUGGCUCUUAAAGUAG